UUAAUAUCACCCUUUUCAAUGAAUAAUUUUGAAGGAAAAGAGAAGCAAAGCAAGCCAAACUAGAACAGCUCUCAUUCUCCCCCAAAUCUCCAUUUUUCUCCAUUGAUCUCUGCCCAAAUCUCUGCGAAGAUGAGUGCUAGGGUUGCAAUCCCGGCGAACGUGAGGAGAAUGAUCCAAGACAUCAAGGAGAUCGCGGGAAAUCAUGGCGAUGAAGAGGUCUACGCUGUGCUCAAGGAGUGUUCCAUGGAUCCUAAUGAGACUGCUCAGCGUCUCCUUUUUCAAGAUACAUUUCACGAGGUCAAAAGGAAGCGUGACAAAAGAAAGGAGAGCAACAAAGAACCUACAGAUUCUAGAUGGAGAUCCGGAGUAGAGGGGAGGGGAGGUAGGGGUGGGAGAGCAAACUAUUCAUCUCGCCAUGUAGCCAAUGAUGCAGGUGGGGGUAAGAAUGCCAAUGCUGGAAGAGAAAAUGGAGCUGAAAUAGUUAAUGCGAAUUCACCUUCGCCCUUAAUACAUGAUGCUGAAAUGAAGUCCAGAAUUCCUAUGCAAAGCUCUUUUGGCGCCCUGGCCAAUGGUACCUCAAAUGUGAAAAGUUCAUUUUCAUCUCAUGGUUCUGGUUCACAAGUGUCUUAUGUCAACUGCAUGGCAAAAGCAGAAGAAAUCUUCACCACCAAUUCUAACAAGAAAGGGACCAACAUUGAUUCUAAAAUUAGUUCUGUACCUAGCCAGCAAAUUCCGGUUUCUGCCCAGCGACAAUCAUCCAUGACACCAUCGCAUGAUUCAGAAAUAUUUGUAUCAGCUUCAGAUCCUGUAGGGUCUGUACUAGUGCCAAACCUUGAUGUUGGUGCUCCUGGUGUGGUUGGAAGCACUAAAAGUGAAGGAGGGAGCCAAUCUGCAAUUGUCGAAACUGUGAAAAAGGUUGUAUCUCAUGAUUUUGUUGAUUCUGAAUUCUCAUCCAUUGGUUCAAAUGGGUCUUCAGAAAUUGGAAAUAAUUACAUGCAUGUAAAGUUGCAGAUUAAAUCUCCCAGAAAUGAGACCAAGCAACCAUUAGAUGUACCACUGCAAAUGCCUCCAUCAUCUCUUGCCCCUUCUAUCAGCAGCAGACCAUCUUCUAAUUACAGCAACAGAUCACAACAGCUAAGUUCUCUGCAUAAAGGUAUCAUUUUCCUAGGAUACUACAUGUUUGCACAUAUUAUGUACUCUGUCAGCAUGCGAUAAGUACCCAAGAGUCAAUUGACUUUUUCACUCCUUUCCCUAGAGAAGACUUAUUAUCAUACCAAUAUCUUGUGCUAAUUGUAACACUUUAGUUUCUACACUCUUUUUUACAAAUACUUCAGUGUAGUCCUGAAUGAAAGUUUGGAUCUGUUGGAUGUGAUAUACAGUGAACUGAGUCAUGGGCAAGUAGGGAACAUGUUACUGAAGCAUCUCCCACAAAACCUGUUUUACCAUUAAUUUUACUUAUCCUCACUUCCAAUAACUAAAUUUUGCUACACUGUACACGGUCUUAUGCUCAAUCCACUUAAAUCUAAAUCAUAUGAGGAUAAAUUGUUUCAUCCGGUAGUUUUUUUAAUAACUAUAUAUUCUUCGGUUUUUACAACAGUUAAUUUUUAGAUUCUCAACUGAUUUUUGUAUAGGGAUUAAAAUCUGACUUCUACCAGCCCAUUUCUUAUUGAUACUCAUGGGUCUAUGCCAACCAGGAAUCAAAGUAAAAACCCAAAGACAAGCACAUGAAUCUUGGGAUGGGUUUAUUUUGGCAGUAUGCUAAGCUAGUGAAGACUUAGGGACUCUCAAGUGAGAAGUUUUCGACAUAGAAAAGCUGAAUAACUGCAAUUUGACUAGACAUUUUAGUAUUUUUUGGGCAUUUAAACUUUUCAAGCAAUGUGGCUAGUUUCUGCUGUAAAAUGAAAGUGACAUCAGAUUAGAAUGCUAGCUAAGCAUGCACUAUUUGUGUAUAAGGAUAAUAUGGCUAUGAGAUUUCUCUUGCUUCUGCAGACAUUAACAUGGUCUUUCAUUUUUUUUUUAAAAAAGAGAAAAGAAAAAAAAAAUGUUGUUUCAUAGGAUAGUCUUUCAAAUUGCACAAAGCAUUCAAUAUAAAGUAUGUAAACACCCUCUGUUAGCACUUGUCUUUUAU